UGCUAGGAAAUGAAAUUCAGUAUUUUGGUGCUGCUUGUGUUGUUUUGGCUUUCCGUUGCAGCCAAACAGGGAAAAACGGGAAAAUCGGGAAAACCUGAUACCAAAAUGCAGUGCAGUGCCCUGAAGAACCAAGUAAAUUCUUUGGUUUCCUCUACUAAGAUCUUGCAAGACAAACUUUCAAAGUGCAGAGAAAGGGACAGAUGUCCCCGCGAAGGACCAGAUGGCAUAUACAACAUUACGAUUCCCGGAAUAAAAACAUUUGAAGCUCCAUGUAUAUCGUGUGGUUGGAUGGUAAUCCAGAAGCGAUUCGACAACUCUACUAGUUUCAACCGAACGUGGGACGAAUACAAAAAUGGAUUUGGUGACAUAAACAGAGAGUUUUUCUUCGGGCUGGAAAAAUUGCACAUCAUGACGGAGGCAAAGCCAUACGAACUUUUCAUUAGGGUUCGGAUCCAAAAUGGAACUAGUGCCUACGCCCGAUAUGAUCAUUUUAAAAUUGGAAGUGAGAAGGAUGGUUUCGAUCUGAGAGUGGUAGGGAAUUAUUCUGGAACAGCGGGAGAUUCCCUUAAAGAGCAUGAGAAACGGAAAUUUGUCACUCAUGACCGGGAUAAUGCUAGGAACUACGGAAAACGCUACGGAGGAGGUUGGUGGUACCUCGACACGAAUCGGAGUAACCUCAAUGGGAAGGUCCUCCUUAACACACCCGGAGCUAAAGGUUUUGGGUUUUGGAUACCUCUUCAAAAUAAUAAAACCACUCUUACACGUACAGAAAUGAGGAUUAGGCCCAAAAGCGAAUGCACUCUACAUAAUAGAAAACAAGAGAGACCGCUAUAG